AUGUCGAAGGAAUUCAAUGUACCCUGUGUGGUUUUCCCUUCUGGCGGAAACCCCGGCCUCAAACAACGCCGUCCAAUGGUUCCGUUUCAGCCACGAACCACCAACCCCAUUUCUUUCAAGUCGUUCGACGUCGGAUCCGCCGCACCAACGCCAUUCGCAUCCUCCGAAUUCGGCUCGAUCAGCGGCAACGACAGUUCGAACACCACAGUGAUCGACGAACCGCCUCUUCUGGAAGAACUGGGGAUCAACACAAGACAAAUCUGGAGCAAAACAAGCUCGAUCCUAAACCCGGUACGCAUAAACCCGAACCUGCACGACGACGCCGAUCUAUCAGGACCGUUUCUGCUAUUAAUGGCUUUCGGAUUGUUCCAAUUACUGGCGGGGAAGAUUCAUUUCGGGAUAAUCUUAGGGUGGGUGACGGUGGCGGCGCUUUUCCUGUACGUUGUGUUCAACAUGCUGGCAGGGCGUCACGGCACUCUGGAUUUGCACAGGUGUGUGAGCUUGCUUGGCUAUUGCAUGCUUCCCAUGGUGAUUCUUUCGGUUCUCUCCUUGUUCCUUCCUCAAGCUGGUGUCGCCAUUUUCGUCAUCGCCGCCAUUUUUGUGAGCUGGUCCACCCGCGUUUGCACCAAGCUCCUCGUCGAAGUCGGCCGAUGGGAUGAACACCGUGGCCUCGUUGCUUACGCUUGCUUCCUCAUCUACUCCUUAUUUUCGCUCCUCAUCAUAUUCUAA